GUCCUCAUAUGGGUUUGGUUGCAGCUAGUUAGGGUUUAGGGUUAUAAUUUCAUUUGAGACAAAAGUUUGAGCGCGUAUUUACCUAUUGCCCAUCAAAAUUUAUCGCAACGUAACCAUAACUUCACUUCCAAACUCACCGCCGCCGCUUGACUUCUCAAUCGCCUCCUUUAGUUGCAGAGUUCGUAAGGAAUAAGCGAGAGAUGAGUAAGAAAAAGAAUCCUUUUGUGUUCUUUGAUGUAUCAAUUGAUGGAGCUCCUGUUGAAAGAUUUGUGAUCGAGCUUUUUGCAGAUGUUGCUCCUAAGACUGCAGAGAAUUUUCGGGCACUUUGUACAGGUGAGAAGGGCAUUGGACAAACAACUGGAAAACCUCUUCAUUACAAAGGAACUCUUUUCCACCGAAUUAUCAGAGGUUUUAUGGCCCAAGGUGGUGACUUUUCAAAGGGAAAUGGCACUGGAGGAGAAAGUAUUUAUGGAGGGAAGUUUUCAGAUGAGAAUUUCAUACUGAAGCAUGAUGGACCAGGUCUUCUCUCUAUGGCAAAUAGUGGUCCAGACACAAAUGGUUCUCAAUUCUUCCUAACUUUUAAGCGCCAGCCCCAUCUUGAUGGGAAACAUGUUGUCUUUGGAAAGGUCAUAAAGGGAAUAGAGGUGGUGAAAAAAGUUGAACAUGCUGGAACAGCUGAUGGAAAACCUGUCCACGCUGUGAAAAUAGUAGAUUGUGGCGAAAGUGUUACUCAGGAUGCUGUUGGAAAGGAUGCAGGAAAGAAAAAGAAAGCAGGGAGGAUUCCUACAUCUGAUGAUAGUUCUGAUGGAAAAGUUAGAAGAAGACGAAAAAAGCCCCUAAAGGAUAAAAGAAAGAAAAGAAAAAAGAGAUACUCUUCAUCUGACUCACAAAGCUCUGAUUCUGACUCAUCUUCAUCGGAGGAUUCUGAUACUGCUUCCUCCUCAGAUUCAGAUUCAUACUUGGACUCCUCACUGUCUGAUUCAGGUUCAUCAAGUGAUGAAAGGCGUAGGAAGAGAAGGCUGGUAAAAAGAGAGAAACGCCCACGAGGGAAGAAGCAGAGGCAUGGGAGAAGGGAUAGGAAGAGAGUCCGGCCGAAUAAGCGGUCAAGACGCAGAUCUAAACGGAAUUCCGAGAGCAGCAGCGAUGCAGAAAGUACUGGUAGUAGCUCUGAUGAUAAAGACAUUGAUCAUCGCAGUUCUGCCAAAAAAUACAAUAACUCAACAAUUGCUAGGAAAAAUUCCCCAUCCAGUCUCUUAGUGAAAGAGGCUAUCACAGAAAAGGAUCACAAGCCAAAGAAAACUGAGAUGAACUCAUCAAAUGAAGAAGGUGAAUUGUCUCCAGAGAAUGCUGAGCACGUAAUCAAUGGGCACAUCAGGGAUUCUAAUUUGGAUACGAUCACUAUUCCACGAUUUAAUUCGGACCAUUCAAAUAAAUCAAGGAGUGUUACUCCAAGCCCGAAAAGAAGGCCAAACAACAGCCGCCGCAGUGAAAGCACGAGUCCUGAAAAAGCUCCUCAAAAUACACGAUUUGGAAGUGAUGGUCGGAAGCCUGCUCAUGAUUCUGGUGAGCGGAGACAGGGAAGGUCUUCGAAGAGUCCGUUGGGUAAUUUAUCCCACAGGGCCCCUGAACCUUCCAAUUCUAACCAUGGCCAGCAGGUCUCCCGAAGCCCAUCUCCAAAUGGAAAUCCUAAACGGGUUAGAAAAGGGCGUGGUUUCACUGAUCGUUAUUCCUUUGCACGUCGAUACCGUACCCCUUCUCCUGAAAAAUCUUCUUGGAGGUCCAAUAAUUACAGUGGAAGAGUUACCAAUGACAGGAACCGUGACAGGUAUUCAAACAAUAGAAGCUAUAAUGAGCGAUCACCUCAAAGGCGCUAUAGAAGCCCACCAAGAGACAGGAGUCCUUCCAGAUACAGAAAUCGCAGAAGCCGAAGUCGAAGCAUUUCUCACAGUCCAGACGGUUAUCGUGGCCGCCGUAGGGAUGAACGCCGAAGUCAGAGUCGAAUUCGCAGUCCUAGUCCUAGAGAUAGGCGACCAGUCAUAAGUGAAGGUCUAAAAUCUCGCUUAGGUCCCCGAAUGAAAACUCAGCGCUCCCGGGACAGAGGAAGAUCAACGCCUAGUAGCAAGGAAUCGCCGCCUUCUAAGUCUAGAUCAAGCUCACCCUCUGAACAAGGGGGUUUGGUUUGUUGGAGUCCUGUUUCCGGAGAAAAGUAAUCAAUAAUAAAGUAGCUUAAGAAUUAUUGUUUAUCAUCGAUGUUUAAUUGGAAAUAGAGGGUAUUGUUAGCAAGCCUUUUUAUUUGAUAUGAUUAUGAAUCACAUUGAAGUGUAAGUUAAACAUGGCCUUAUGUGUUGAUUCCAUCGUGCAUUUGUGCAUCAGUUAGCAUACUAUAGACCGAUGUGGAUUGUGCAUUGUCUGGAUGAAGAAGAUGAAUUGGUAACUGCAGACCUGCCAGGUUCUUUUUGACA